UAAGAGAAGAAAAAUGAAGCUUAUUCCGGUGAUUCUUUGCGCAGUGCAAGCUUUCUUGUGUACAGCUCUGCUACAAGAUGUUGAGAUGGAUGAUGUGGGAAGCGGACAGCCAACACCAACAAGAGAACCGAAACUAAGCAAGAUUGUGUUCAGUGAAGAUUGGAAAGAAACCCUGCACGGAACUUUGGUACCUGGGGAGAGAGUUUAUAUAGAGUAUCACGCCUCAAGAUUGCCCAAACGAGACACCCGGUACAAUCAAAGAGCCUGGAAUAUAUUUGCCGAGGUUCAAUAUUCCGAGGGGGGAAAAGUUCACUCGGUAAUGAUGAAGGGGCCGAAUAAGGAUGGCAACAUGGAAAUAGUAUUAGAGAUCCCGGUAGACGCAACAGAUUUUAUUAUUUGGUUCAAGUAUUCUGGCGCUAACAGUGGUAACUCUUAUGACAGUGAUUUUGGUAAAAAUUACCGCUUUCCUUUCAAUCAAAUCGUGUUCACAGGAGACUGGCGUGAGUAUAUUGUAGGACGCCUUCGCCCUGGUGAAAAGUUUCAAGUAGUUUACGACUCAAUAAGACUACCAUGGCGGGAUAUCGCGUACUUGGGCAUGGGAUACGCAUGGAAUAUCUUUGCACGUGUGCAGUUCUCCGAUAACGGACCCGUGAUUCAGAAGAUGCUACAAGGCGGAAAUCAGGCGGGCAAUCCAAUCAUGACAACCAUUUACGACAUCCCAAAAAAUGCUCAAAAGGUCGUUAUCUGGUUCUACUUCAGCGGGUAUCGACAUAAUCUGAAAUGGGACAGCAAUAACAACAAAAAUUAUCACUUUUCCUUGAGUAUGAAGUAACUAAAAUGUAACGUCGCUCAAGCGCUGCUCCCGUGAAUAAAUAGUAAACUUGAAAA